AUGAGCACUCAUCAGACGUAUGUGUCAAAUUAUUCAGGUCCUACAAAUCUCACGACCUACAGCGAGCAGACAGAGCUCGCGAGGAGCCUGGUGGCGGCAAAACGAGUACGCAUUGAAGACGAGAUCAUCAAGCUAGGCAAGUCUAUCCUGGAGCUCAAAUCCGAGCUCAACACUCUUUCCCCUGUCGCUGUUUUACCUCCGGAAAUCCUUGCUAAAGUUUUCAUUCACCAUGCCUCGGACCGGUCGUUCAGUACGCCCAAUUGUCCCGCCUCCCGCCACUGGAUCACACCCACCCAUGUCUGCAAGUACUGGAGGGAAGUUGCGCUAAGCUGUCCUGCUUUAUGGAGCAGUUUGGUCGUUAGUUGGCGCCAGGAAUGGAUGGAUGAAGUCUUGCGGCGGUCAAGGCAGGCACCCUUAGCCAUUACAGUAAAUCUCAACAAUGGCCGAUUUCUCAUGAAGCACCGGGUACUUGCCUCGAUCUUGAAGGAGAAGCACCGCUUUCGAAGCGUUUGUGUGACUGCUGACCAAGCCACAUUAGACAUGUUUGUGAAGGAAAUGGAUGGACCGGCGCCCCUCCUUCAGAGUUUGUCACUCUCGAGAAUUUACGGUAUCGGUAUGCUGUCCGCUCCCUCGACAUCCCUCCCUCCUGUCCUUCUGCGCGAAGGUCAAGCUCCUCGCUUACAGCGCCUCGAGAUUAGCAAGUAUUUGUUUCAAUUGCACGACAUAAAUGCUCCAUCGAUCAGGCAUCUUAAGAUCACACAUUCAAUGGAAAUGCAGCGUCCGAGUCUUUCUGUCGUAGUCGGUUGCUUGGAACGUCUUCCCCUACUCGAGUCCCUGACCCUUGACUACGUGAUAGAUCCGUUACCCGAACUCGAUGGGCUCCAGCUGCCUACGAUGUCUAUUAGGCUUCCGCACCUCCUUUCUAUUACUAUUUCUGCAAGUGUACUAGACUCCGCCAACUUUCUCAAUCAUCUCAGUCUGCCCUCGCUAUCAUCGCUCACGCUUACCUGCCCCGCAGGCAAGGGAGGACGAGACCUCGCAAAUUGUCUCGCUUCGAAAACACCGGCUAUGGGAGAGCUGCGCAUGCUUCGCGUUCAUAGGUACCAACCCGGAUGUACUCACUUGGAGCUUUUUGACGUUGAGAUACCGUUGCCGCCCCCUUUCCCUUCCCAUCCAAUCCCAAAAGUCAAUAUCAGCAUUUCCGAUAUGUACUCCCCGAAGCCGGUGCUCACCGAAAUGCUUAAAGGUCUGCCGCUUCCUGAUAUUCGAGCUAUGCAUGUAUCGGGAAUGUGGUUCCAAUCACCACUCGAAUGGGUUAACACCUUUGGCUCUCUGAAGGGCGUCAAUUUCCUCCACGUCUCGGACGAAUGCGGGUCGGAGGUGUUUGUAAAAGCUCUUGCGCACCGUGAUGAAGAUAUCCAGAUAAAAAACAGAGAAGACCCUAGACGGUUCCCAUACUUCAUGCCCCAGCUGAAUACUAUCGUUCUCGACGAUGUUCGCUUCAGGGAUCUCAGGCAGUUUCAAGACGGCGAACUUGGCAGUUUCAUGGAAAGUCUCGUGUAUACUCUGACGGAGCGAUGCGAACACGGUGCAGAAGUGCAGGAGCUCCAGCUGGUGGAUUGCUGGCAUCUGGAUGAACGUGAUGUUGAGCAAUUGCAGGAAACAGUGCCGCGUGUAGUCUGGGAUGGUAUAACGAAUGAAGAUGACGAAGAGGAAGAGGAGGAAGAAGAAGAAGAGGAGUAUCAGCCUGAAUUUUAUGAACCCUAUGCGUACGAUGAGGGUCUUUUUGACGAAGACGAUUAUCAUUAUGGACCAGACUUUGAUUGGGAAGAGGGCCUGUAUAGCGUGCUCUAUCCCGGCUACUAG